GCGUCGGGUUGGCAGUUUGUGAAGACAGCAUGAGUGCCCGCAGCCUAUCCGCGGUCCUCCGCAGCAGCUCCGUGGCGUCGCGAGCCAUUGCCCUUCGAGGUGGCCACCACCAUGCCCCCCCUCCGCCUCCUUACGCCCGUCUACCUGUCCCGUCCGGCAAGCCUAUCCCGUUGAACCGCGAUCUCGUGUGGUCCGACAGUGUCGCGCCUGAAUUGAUGCUAGACUUCGACUCGCCACAUAUCUCGACUUCGCGUGCGUUCUGGUCCUUGGUCGGCACGUUGGCGCUUGUCCCUGUUUUCCUUGGCGUGAUUACGUUGUCAAACCCGGACAACUCGCGCAAGGCCGCCAAGCGUGGAGACCACUUGCCAGAUUUGCGAUGGGAACUCGGCCAAAUCGACGAACCUGAAGGCGAAAUUGAAGCAUUGGAAUAAACCAUGGGUGUUAAUAGGCCGCAUGCUUCUUGUGGCUGUUGUUCCUUUGCUCCAUCGUCCUCGACAAGCGCAUCAUACCUGUUACUGUCAACUGGAAUGCAAUGCGCUAACUCCCUGCCACUUCGCCCCACCGCUAGCUCACCUUAACCGAACAUGUCCCGUUCUUCCAA